AUAAAUGAAUUUCUGCUAGGCCUUUAAAUCCUACAACACUGACAGCCCAACUGUGAGCGUGCGCGUUGAAAACUGUUCUUCUCUCAACAUCAAGCAACGCGCCUUCGCGAGCAUAAAGAGUUUAUCCGUCCUGAACAUCCAGGACCUAACGUUGGAAUCUCUUGCCCUGAAACUAAAGAUCCCAACCCUGGAGCCAACUAUUCAUAUCUGGUUCAGCAACAUCUCAACCACAGGCCUGGCCUCGAGCACCUUCUCCUCCUCCUUCAAGAAUAUACUCAUAGAGAACAGUAGAGUCGAUAAGAUACACACAAAUGCUUUCUCAGGGUUUCUUAUGAGUACAAUCACUCUGAGAGAUGUUUCAAUAUCUAGGAUUGAAACCAAGGCGUUCUCAGACCAGUCUGUGAUAGAAAACCUGGUCAUAGAGUCCUGUAACAUCAGUUCAAUCGCCCAGAAGUCUAUAGUAGCGGGUAUAUCGCAGCUGAACCUAACCCGGUCAAUCAUUCAAUCAAUAUCAAAGUACGGAGCUAUUAACGCCACCGUAGCCAGCGUUCAUAUCUCCAGCAAUACGUUCAGGACCUUGGGGGAGGAGUCCUUGAACUUUAUCUCAUGGAAUUCAGUAAAUAUUGUUAAUAAUUCCAUAGAAUUUAUGGAAGAGGGAGCCAUUAAUGCCAUACAUAGUCCUAUGGAUAAAUCCACGGCUAGUUUUGUGUUUACCAAUAACAGGAUUGGAUAUGCGAACCGGAAUUCUCUUGUGACCCAGCUGCCACACGGCGUGGAUGUGUUGAUCAAGAAAAACCGGUUUCAUCAUACAUGUGAUUGUAAUCAGGAGUCGUACAUCAAUUCUCUGACUCGGCACUCGGGACUAUCCAGUCCAUUCCAGGAUUUGAGCGGAGAAUUUGUUAAUUCAAGUUCAUGUCGAAUAUCUGAUUCAGUAAUUCCAUGUUUUCCCUCCUCCUUCUCCUCCUCCCUCUCCAGUUCCCCGUUCACCUCGAUGGUAGAGUACCAGGAGGUGAUCUGCCUGGUGGAGAGGUUACCCUCCUGCGCCCUAGCCCCUUCCGACUUACCAGACAUAGAACGCAGUGGAUCAUUUUAUGAUGAUUUUCUUCUUCUCUUUCAGGUGAAAACAACAAAAGGAAUCCUUCUCUUUCUUCUCUUGUGCGUUCUCUCCAGUGUCAUUAUUCUAAUCAUUUGUGUCGGAGCCAUCUGGGUUCACAGAUUGUUUAAGAGAGCUCGUCUGGUGCGCGACAAUUUGUCUGGUUCCUUUCAGUUUAAUUCUGGUGAAGAGAAACAGAUUCUUUACGGUUCUGAUCAAACAACCUGUCAUAGCAUUCAGGAUGAUGAACCUCAGUACGCUGAAAUUGCUGAUAUCCAUCCUCCGCCCCGCGGAAUGGAAUCCAUGUUAGAUCUCGAGACAGGAAAUUUAUCCGACCUGACGGACGUGACGACCCUUCCGAAGUCGACAACCACGACCCUCCCUUCACUAGAAGCAAACACUCUACCUCUGCGCCGGGAUAUUUUAAGGAGUGAAGGGGAGAAUGAUAAACUACUCGAGGUUGGGGAGGAUAAACUGCAUGAGCGAGGGAGGUAUAGUAUACGGAUGUCUAUGUCUGAAACUUCUCUGACAGAUGAGAUCAUGAUGGCACUGAGAGAGAGAUUAAAUGAUCCCUCCAUGUACUGCACUGUAUUGGAUGCUAAAGGGGGAGGGUUCAGUGGUUCUCUGAUGCCCUCUGGAGGAACUUCUAGUAGUAAACCACAAGAAGAAGAGCUGUACUGUGCCCCAAUAUAUUGUGAUCCAAAUCAGCUGAAUUAAAAUGGCGCCACAACAGCUGAUUUAAAAGGGCGUAAAGAACUGAUUUAAAAGCGGCUAAAUUGGCUGUUUAAACCGGCCCCAAAAAGCAGAAAGAAUUUAAAGAAAUGUUAUAUAACGUUUUCACUGUAACAGUUCAGUUCAGUUUAGUUCAGUUAACAAUAGUGAACAAAGUUAUUUCACAAGUUAUUUCCUUUGGUCGUAACGUAUAAUAUGAAUGACUGCUAUUACUAUUUUGUGAGCUUUCUUUGUUUAAAAAUUAAGUCCUACUAAGUUGCCAUAUAAAGUGGAAGAGGUGGGCAUUUUGGAGUUUUGAUACUUUUAUAC